CCCCAGCCCCAGCCCCAGCCCCCGCCGCCUAUAAAGACUGCGGGGCCGCCCGGCUCACCCCGCCAGCACCCUCCCGCAGCUCCCAGGCUCUCCGCCUCGGCCUCUGCUGCUGCUGAUCCCCCAUGAGGACCCCGUGGCUCUGCUGGGCGCUGUGCGCGCUGGCCCUGGCCCGCCCCGGGGCGGCGCUGACCGGGCAGCAGGUCCUGGGCAGCCUGCUGCGGCAGCUGCACCUCCGCGAGGCGCCGGUGAUUGACGCGGCCGACGUGGGGCAGCUGGUCACCCCGGCCCACGUGCGCGCCCAGUACGUGGCCCUGCUGCGGCGCAGCCACGGGGCGCACUCGCGAGGGAAGCGGUUCAGCCAGAACUUUCGAGAGGUGACUGGCAGGCUCCUAGUGUCUGAGGCCUCCACCUACCUGCUGGUGUUCAGCAUGGAGCAGCGGCUGCCCCCCAACAGUGAGCUGAUGCAGGCUGAGCUGCACCUCUUCCAGGAGCCAAUCCCCGAGGUUGAGCUGCACAGGCUGUCUGCCAGCAGUGCUCCAGCCCGGGUCACUAUUGAGUGGUUGCAGGUCCGAGAAGAUGGCUCCAACAGCACUUCCCUUGUUGACUCCAGGCUGGUGUCCAUCCAUGAGAGCGGCUGGAAGACCUUUGACGUGACCGAGGCCGUGAACUUCUGGCAGCAGCUGAGCCGGCCCCGCCAGCCGCUGCUCCUGCAGGUGUCCGUGCAGAGGGAGCACCUGGGCCCACUGGCCUCUGGCGCCCACCGCCUGGUGCGCUUCUCCUCCCAGGAACAGGGGGGUGCCGCCCACGGGGAGCCCCAGCUGGAGCUGCACACGCUGGACCUCAGGGACUAUGGGGCUCAGGGCAAUUGUGACCCUGAGGUGCCCAUGGGCGAGGCCACCCGCUGCUGCCGCAGAGAACUGUACAUUGACCUGCAGGGGAUGAAGUGGGCUGAGAAUUGGGUCCUGGAGCCUCCGGGCUUUCUGGCAUAUGAGUGUGUGGGCACUUGCCAGCAGCUCCCAGAGCCUCUGUCCUUCAAGUGGCCAUUCCUGGGUCCCCGGCAGUGUGUGGCUUCAGAGAUGACUGCACUGCCCAUGAUUGUCAGCGUCAGAGAAGGGGGGAGGCUCAGGACCCGGGUGGUCAGCCUGCCCAACAUGAGGGUGCAGACAUGCAGCUGCACUUCAGAUGGGGCGCUCAUACCCAGAAGAAUGAAGCCAUAAGUGUGGGGCUUGGCUGCUGAGGGACAUAUGUGUGUGUGGCAGAAGUAUCACCGGAAGAGAUGGAGGUGACUAACACACUGUCUACUGAGCUUCCUCUGAACUGAUCAGCUCACGGACAAGAUUCUCCGGCCGUGGGGCAGCCCUGUUCAGUUUUCUCUGACCUUUAUGUCACUGCACUAGAUUCUAAGCACUUACCUGAUUCUCUAUCACCCCACUGUGGUGAUUUGUUCCUAACCUAAUCUUAAGGAUGUUUUGCAAGAAAACAGACCCAUAUUUGUAAGGGAAUAGAAAUUUCUAUAUGGAUUAUUUCAAUCAGGAUAGAACACAAAGAGUUGGAAAUAAUGGACUUGAGGUGGGGUGGAGAAAUAGUAUAAUGUUCAUGCCUGAGGCACCAAAGGGCCCAAAUUCAGUGCUUAGCACCACUAUAAGCCAGCGAUGAGCAGAGCUCUGGUAAGGAGACAAAGAAGGGAAAAAGAAAUUGGUUAAGGCCUCAGUUAAAUGGUACAGGAACCUAAGAUCGAAACACACACAGAUUCCCAGGUGCCUAUCUUUUUAAUAUUGAGGCAAAUCUUUUUUUUUUUAAAUAAAUUUUCUUUAUUUAUCCCC